AUCUUGAAACACUAAUCAGAAAACAUAAAUUCAGUUGUCUUCCUAGUUUUCCAUUAUUCAUCCUCUUCUAUUGGAAAUAUAUCUUAAUUGAAGCUUUCCUUUCCAUAUUUUAACCUUAACGUUUGAUGAUCUAGCCAUGGAGAGACGAGAGAAGAAAGCAGUAAAGGCAACGGUGCCGAAGUUUGGAGCGUGGGAGAAAAAGGCAGGAGGAGCGCCUACAGAUUAUUCAAUGGUGUUUGGUCAAGUUCGUGAAAAGAAGAAGAAUCAAAAGACAGAUUUGAGUGAAGUGAGGCGUUUAAGCCUUGGGAAUGAAACAAAUCAUCACUUCCAUCCCUAUCGUGCACGUGCUCUUCUUGCUAGUGAAGAACCUCCUCUUCCUCCUCCUCCUGCUAAUUUACAGAGGAGAAAAAGUGGUGUGAAUAACUAUUUCAGUUGCUGCUCAUCAAGUCCUGAUAUUGUACGUGCUUGAAGUCAAUCCUUGAUUAUACAAUAUCUCGAAAUUAAAUCUAUGGAUUAUAUAAAAUGGACUAAUGAAGGGACAAAUCCAAUGCCAAAUCCUACAAUGAGAAGGGGUUGUGCUUGCAAUACCAUGGGCUAGCAAAUUCAAUGGUGGACCCUUGGACUAUAACCUUUUUUUUUUAGUUUAGCUAAACUUUUAUAAUACGGUUAAAAUUAUUUUUAACCACAUUUUUUUGAAGUUUAGGUAAACUAAAAAAAUAUUAUAUUGCCGUACAUAGAAGAAAGUAUGAAUACACUUUCUACCCACCAUUGAAUAUGCUUAAAAGGAUGGUCUAAAACUCAACUCUUGCAUUGUGUAUACAUUGUAUACUAUGUUGUUCA